GUUGCGAUAAAGAGAGAGAGAGGGACAGAGAGCGAGAGAGAGAGAGAGAGGGGGGGAGAGAGAGAUCUGCGCGCUGUACUAGCCAGUAAGACUCAAAGCACGCACGGCGCGCUUUCUAUCUGGAAACUUUCAAAAAGGAUUCGUUAUAAACUCAUCACCUUCAUGUCGGCACUGCUGAAUAUUUCCUCACCGAUGCUAUGGUUACCUUUAUUACGAUCUUACAGGUGAAUCUAGUGAUGUCCAUCUUGCUGUACGUGAUGUUCCUCGCGUACCUCUAUGGUAUCUCAGCCUCUACGAUGGACAAGCAGCGGCCCACGCAGGACCCCAUCAACACGCUCAUCAUAAAGCUCCUGCAGGCUGACAUCAGCCGCAGCCGACAGAAACAGGACGAUGCGCUUCCUUCCUCCACCUUAAACACGCCGGCAGUGACCGACUAUAAGGAGAAAGUCAGCGACCUGCCCGUGACGGACAUCUCGGCGGAGCUUCUGCGUCAGCACAAACGUUACAACUCGCCUCGCGUGCUCCUCAGCGACCGACCUCCGCUGCAGCCGCCACCGCUCUACCUCAUGAACGACUUUGUCAGCAACCAGGAUGGCAGCGGCGCCAACAAGACGCGGCAGAAGCGCAACACUGAGCACAAGAGCUACAGGGGUGAGUUUUCGGUGUGUGACAGCAUCAGCCAGUGGGUGACAAACAGGAAAACGGCUGUGGACGUUCAUGGACGAGUGGUCACGAUUUUGGAGUCCUUCAAUGCGGGACGCACAAAUAUCAAUCAGUACUUUUAUGAGACGGAAUGUGACACAGUCAAGUCCCAAAAGGGCAGCUGUCGUGGUAUUGACGGGAAGCACUGGAACUCGCAGUGCAAAACCUCGCAAACUUUUGUGCGCGCUCUCACGCAGUAUGAGUCGUCGGUGGGAUGGCGCUGGAUACGGAUAAACACCUCGUGCGUCUGCGCGCUCUCGCGCAAACACCGCAGGACGUGAAAAACUGCAGCGACUUCCUAACUGUCUUUCUUAUGUUCCCUGAGGGGGCUGUAAAUAUAUAAAUUAUUAUUUAAGUUAUAUGGAAUGCAUAUAGUUUAUACAUGUCUAUGUAUAAUGUAUGAAUAUACUUGUAAUUUAUUUAAGUUGUUUGCAAAGAAAAAUUAAAAAAAAAAACAGACUUAAGAUAACAUGCAAUGCCACUAAGCUACAGGAGCAUUGCAUGCUGAAUUGUGCCUUGCUCACGUAUCAGAGUCAGAGGACAUGUCACUCCACUAGACCUGGACCUUGGGAACAGUUGCAAUGGAAAAUCACUCAAUAUCAUAUUAACUUCAGUAUUGUUCAUGAAAACCAGUUUUUCUACCAAAACAGGCUGCCAGUAUAUCCUCUUUGUGUCUGGGAAAACGAGUGGGAUGUUGUCGUAUUUUGUAUGGAAAUGUGUAAACAUACAGUAUAUGUGUAUCGAAACUGCAUGAAAUACCUAAGAAAUAUAUAUUUUUCUAAGCACUCCUGUUAGUGGUUUAUAGAUGCAGAGACUUGUGCAGAAAGUCAAUCCUAGCAGAACAUACGGACCAAAAAGUGACAGUUUAGUGUUCCACAAAUUCAAUCUGGGCAGUAUUUUGAUUCUAGACGGCCUUCUGAAAGAUCAUUUUAGAAAUCACCCUUUAGCGCACGACAAAGUGGGAAUGAAAGCAGCCAGGUAUUAACAGUUUCAGGCUCCAAUGAUGAAACUGUAUAGCUCAGUAGCCCUGAAGAAGCUCCUCAGCAGAUGGAAGAGCAAAGACUCCUCCCACUAGCCAUGCCCUUCUCUGAAGCCCCACCCACCUCACCAGAAAUAAGCUUACUGCACUUUUAGCCUCUUUCUGAUCACCUGCUAUGAUCAGUAGCAACUUGACCACCUUAAAGAGCGAAGCCAGCACGCAUAAGAGCAGCAUGUAAACAAAAUGGGCCGUUGCUAAUGACACUGUAGUCUUACACAGAGGUAAAGCUGCCUUAAGACGAUGUACAUACAUGCAGAGCUGGGAUUUGGACACGUAAUCUCCCUCUUAAGAGGGUUUCCCUAUUGUCAGACUCAUCUUCGGAGAUAAGCAUUUCGCCGGUGUGCUGCAGCUAAAAAAAGGCCUGCUGUGUUUUCCCGCUGUGUAUUUAUAUAUAAGGAGACUUGCUCAGUCGCUAGUCAUGAGACAGGUGAAGAGAUUUCAGUAAGAUUUGCGAUAUGCAAUGACUUUGUGUCAGUCUCUUUAAUGAAUUAAUAUUUUUGGUAGUUCUUCACAAGACAACACACUUCUCAGCAAAGCAUAUCAGACGGUCAUUUGAAGAGCAUUUUAAAAGGCCAGGCAGCUGCGGCUCAGCUUUUGUUCAGGCUUAUCUUUGAGACGCAUGACCCAGGUCACCUCUGAUUGGACAAAAAGAGCACACAAAAAUCUAAAAUUGAUCACCUACAUAUCAUAUUUACUUCUGUACCUGCAUUUAAAACUAGCAGGAUAAGCCAGGAUGAGGUCCAAACCCAUUACUACAUCAAGUGAAGUGCCAAGACUUCGUCCUCCAAGGUCCGAACAUAAAGCUUUAUUAGCAUGAAAUCGUAUUUUAAUGUGGCUAUAAAAAGAUCAGUAUAAAAAUUGUUUUAUUGCUUUUUAAUGCUUCACGGGUUGUUGGAUAAAGGCACUUUUAAACAAGCAAAAGUUUUCUUUUUUUGUGGCUGAUGAGACUUGGAUGUAAGGUUUUAAAACACUGAAACAAUGUGUUGGCUCAGAUUUGAAAAAGAACCACAGACCACCAAGGAUACAACACACCUUUUUUAAUCUCUGAUUACAUCCCGCUUCACUACGGCCCUCUGCGGAAAAACAGGAUAAAAGUUGAACACAGGAACUCCAUUUUCCAAGGAUGCUGUUGGGAAUUGGCCCACACAGUUGUCCAAAUGCAUUGCCUUUCCUGUAACACACAUUAUUACACUGGAACAUGAGGAUCCCUAAAUGAUUUUGACUUCUUGGAUGACAUUGGCUGAAACGUUCCCAUGUAUUUUACGCUGUCUUGAAAAUGCUGGUGUCAUGCAUACUGUGUAGGAUUCUUGCUGCUUUAAACCGUUACAACUGACCUUAUAAUGGACCAAUGGCCAUUGCUGAAACCCAAGGACAACGACUCUUUUAUGCUGAAAUAUAACUGUGCCAAAACACACCAAACUCUAUUUAAGGACUACAUGCUUCUUAUUAAUAUUCAGACAUGAAAAUGAUCUCCGGUAUGUCAAAAAAAGAGAAAAUUGCAAGACAAAUCCCUAUUUUAGUAAAGAAAAAAAGACUUGUUUGCUUGAUGGUCGUUGUUUAGUGAAGUAGUUUGUUUUGGCUGUACCCAUAACCCAUUGUUUGUAUUUUUUUUUUGAAAGAAAGACUUUCCCAUAAUGGCAAUGUUUUUCGUAAUUUCUUUCUCGUGCUGAUACUUGAAGGAGCGCUGUUUAUCUGGCCUACAACAUCCUCCUCAUUUCGCUGCAAGGGCAGUCUGUGUGAGAUUUGU